GCUCUGCCCUUCCCGCUUCCGGCCGUCCGCGGCUCCGCGGAGCGCCCGGCGACGGGCACGGUGGCGGCGGCGGCGGUGGCGACGGUCCAGCGGCGGGGGGCUCGCCCCACCGCGCCGCCGGCACGGCGCCAGCCGCAGCUCGGAGGGCAGCGGGGCCGCCUCCGCUGAGAUUACAUCAGAUAUGACUAUGUGAAUAGCAUAGAGUAGCCCAAAGGAAAAACAUGAUGUCAGAAUAACAUACAAAACACUUGUGAGGGUAAGGCCAGAAAACCAUGCAGUCAUCAGGGCACAGAUUCCGUGAUGUUGAGCACCACCCGCUUCUUGCUGAAAAUGACAGCUAUGAUUCCUCUUCCUCAGAGGCCGACAUGGCAGAGAGGGUUUGGUUCAUCCGAGAUGGCUGUGGUAUGGUCUGUGCUAUAAUGACAUGGCUUCUGGUUGUCUAUGCAGACUUCGUAGUGACUUUUGUCAUGUUGCUGCCUUCCAAAGACUUUUGGUACUCUGUGAUCAACGGUGUACUCUUUAACUGCUUGGCAGUACUAGCUUUGUCAUCGCAUCUGAGAACUAUGCUAACUGAUCCAGGGGCUGUACCCAAAGGAAAUGCCACUAAAGAAUACAUGGAUAAUUUGCAACUGAAACCAGGAGAAGUGAUCUACAAAUGUCCAAAGUGCUGUAGUAUCAAACCUGAACGUGCACACCAUUGCAGUAUUUGCAAACGAUGUAUUCGAAAGAUGGAUCACCACUGCCCGUGGGUGAAUAAUUGUGUGGGGGAGAAAAAUCAGAGAUUUUUUGUUCUGUUUACGAUGUAUAUAGCCCUAAUUUCAGCUCAUGCGCUCAUACUGUGUGGGUUUCAGUUUUUCUCCUGUGUCCGAGGGCAGUGGACUGAAUGCAGUGACUUCUCCCCACCUGUAACUGUGAUCCUGAUGAUCUUCUUGUGCCUUGAGGGUUUUCUGUUUCUCACUUUCACUGCAGUCAUGUUUGGGACCCAAAUCCACUCAAUAUGCAAUGAUGAAACGGAGAUUGAAAGACUGAAGAGUGAAAAGCCAACAUGGGAGCGGAGACUACGUUGGGAAGGAAUGAAAUCGGUUUUUGGGGGUCAACCUUCACUCCUGUGGAUCAAUCCUUUUGCAGGAUUUCAAAUCAGGCGACUUCUACUGAGAGCAAAGAAAGGAGGACCGGAGUUUUCUGUUUGAGUCUAAUUAUGCUGGAACUUACAAGAAUACUAUAUAAUAUUUAUUUGGGGCCAGAGGAGGCUGUCUACAUAUAAUCUGUGACCAGGUGAAACUGAUAUCAGACAUUUGCUUGUAGCAAGCAGAAUUUUAUACGUUUAUUGUCACAGACAUCUCAUUAACUGUCAGAGACACGAACUGGAUCUGUAAUGGUCUUAACAGCAAGAUAACAAAGGAAAAGCACGUGGUCACACUAAAGAAGCCAAAUGUUGUCAUGCUACUGUAAUUUAUUUUGAGAUUAAUUAUCCAUUUUUGUUAAACCCUUUUUAUUUGAUAAAUGUUUGGGGAAUUACCUGUGUGUUUUUAUAAAAAGUAUAUACUUAGGUGCAGUUGUCAAUCAUAAGGAGGAGCAUUAUGAUGAAACAGAUCUCAAAUGAGACCUAGCCUUCUAAAUCCAGUUUUCAGGGAAUAGUGGUUUGUUCAGUUUUAAGUUCUAUUUCAGCUUGUCCUAAUAAACAGAGCUGUACUCUUGUGUCCCACUUCAGGCACACAUUCCUCAUAUGCAAGUGAUUCAAAGGACUGGUGCACACAACAGCGUAACACACCCGAGGCACUGUUACACCCCUGCCAAAUGUCUUCCCAGGCUCACAAAAGCAUGUCUUGUGAUUGGCAGUAUUAAUUUCAUACGACAUUCAGGUAAGUUCUAAAUCUUCAGUAAACAACACUUUUAAGUAACAGCUGUGGGCCAAAUUCUUCCCUCAGAUAUGCAUCUCCAAUUCUUAAUGCAUUGGUUCUAGAGGAACUUAAGUGUAGGUGGUUGAGGAUUAUAUCUAGUCCUCUGUGCAGGGGUGAGUGGGACCAGUGACUGUAUCUUCCUGUGUGAGACUCAAAUGAAUGUACUUCAGACUGGAGUUAAUUAACUGAAAACAGUUGUCUUUGUAAAGUCUUGCUCUGCCCCUUUGUUGUUGUACAGACUUUUCAUAGAAGGAAAGCUGUUAACUUAAUGAUCCCUUGAACAAAGACAUUAGUGAAAUGAGGGAGGUUGCCUCUUUCUCAAGUACAACAGCUUAAAUGUAGAAGGAUCUGUAAUAGAAGGAAUUAUUUUGAAUUUAACCAUUUUCCAACCAAAACUACUUUCAAGAAAUGAGAGCAAUAUAGAUCUAGAACUGCUUUAUGUGGGCCUGACAAACAACAGUAGUGCUAAGAAAUGUUGAUAAAUCUGCAAACAAUGAAAUACAAGCUGCAAAUAAUGAAAUUCAGCUGAAAGUUGGAUUCUUUAAAAAUUAGAUUUAGACUAUUUUUUGUAGUAUUGUUAAUCUGUUCUAUAAAUUACUGAUAAUGUAAAGGAUAAAGCAGGAGCCUUGAUGCAUAGCUUGAAAUUGUGCCUAGAAAGUAAAUAGCUCCCUGUUCUGGGACUUGCCUUAAAAUUGUCCUGUUCUUGCUUUUGCUUCGCCAGUAGCACUGAUGAUCUGUCCCACCUCAAGCAGUUCAACGUGCUGAAGAAUCUUGCAGUAUAAAGUUUACGUACUAGAGAAGCUAUACUUUCUUUUUUUCAGUGACCUGCUUCUCCUUUUCUUUGUAACUGUCUGUGGCAUCUUGAUUCCAGCUUCAUUGGGUUUUAUACCAUUGGGUGGGUGAAAUUACUAAGGGAUCCAUUUAUUAUCCAUGGCCCUGUGAACAAAACUGUGCAAUAUUAUAUAAUAUGUUCACUUUGCUUGGGGGAGAUGGUGUGUAACACUGGACAAUUUCUAGGUGGACACAUCCAAUGACAUUGCAGUCAAAUGAACAAAACUACAUCUCAUGUAACUGAGGGGAAAGUUGGAAGUUGUACAAGAAUCUUUGCAUAUUCAGUUGCACAUCUUAAAGAUUGAGAAAAAAAUGUGUCUGGCUUUGUCAUGAGGCUCUUAAUGUGUAUAUUGAUUAAUAAAAUAUCCUGAGGAAAAUCAGAAAAUAUCACUUCAAGCGGUUGAACCCUGUGACUUAGCAAAUGUGUGCGUGUGUGAAAUCAGGUUUACUUGGCUUUUCAAACCCUUGUUAUGUUGUAAUUUUUUUAAUGUAAAAAAGAAUAAAGUAAUGAAGUAUUAGUUGAUUAA